UUAAAGCUGCAAAUUUCGGUUGAAUCUUAUUGGCCAGGUUUGUUCGCUAAGCUUUUCGAGAAGUGUGACAUUGAGAAUCUUAUAACCAAUGUUGGUGGUGGUGGUACUCCGGUUGCUGCUGCGCCUGUUGCUGCCGCUGGUGGAGGCGGUGCUGCUGCUCCACCUCCUGCUGAGGAAAAGAAGAAGGAAGAGCCAGAUGAGGAGAGCGAUGAUGAUUUGGGAUUUGGUUGUUGAUUAGAAUGCUCCUUUCAGUUCCUGUUUUGGUCACAUUACUGGUUUAAUGCUUUAAGCUUUGAGAGUAGUUGUUGUUUUGAGUUUAUCUGUAUUAGUAUUUGUCUGUUUUGAGUAAUCUUCCUUUAAGAAUUGUAUGUUUGAGUCUCUUUUUAUAUAUACAAGUCUUCUAAGACCAUUUUUUUCCAUUUUG